UCUAGUCUGUACGAACUGUACAAUCAAGGUGGACGUGUUUUUAAUUAUUAACUGUUGAAAAAAAUAAAUCUAAAACAAUGGGCAAGAAAAAAGGAGGAAAUAAAAACAAACUGGCCAAAAUGUCCGAGGAGGAACGGGCACGGUAUCUUCAGCACCGGGCCGACAUGGAAGAGGAAGCUCGACGCCGGAAACAACAACUGAUAGCCACGUUUAUGAAGAACAAGCUAAAACGUGAGGACGCCUUCUCCCGGCUGAACCUGGCCAAGAUCAAUCAAGAAUGGCGCACCAUUUUGCGCAACAUCAAGUGCAAGGAGUUACGCAACGAAAUCGAACUUGUUGAAAAAAUGUGCAAGGAGUGCAUCGAGAAUAAAAACGGCGUCAUCCGGCGGUUGCUGUGCGACCUGGACGAAUCGGAGGAAAUCUACGCGACCAUGCUGCACUCUCAUAUGGAAAAGAUCCAGAAAAUCAUGGACAUACACAACGAUCGGUUGCGGUUUUUAACUCAGCUGUACGAGAUCGACAAGAAAGAGAUCAUCGCUAAGUAUGAUCAGGAGAUUACCAACUACAAGAGCAAAAAGUUUGGUAUGCAGAAGGAGCUAGAGUGUGUUUUCUACGGGCUGGCGGAACGAUCAAGACUUGAGCGCAAACAAGCGGAGGAAGAGCACAUGAUGAAAAAGGACGAACUGAAAAAUUCGAUGAUUCUAAAACUGGAGAUGAUCACCAAGGAGCGCGAGCGACACAUGGAAAAGCUGUGGAAAGAAUUCCAGAAGGUGUUGAGUACGUACUUGCGCAACACCGAAGAAUAUCGCAACGAGUACAGCAAACUGCGAGAUCAGGAUGCCAAGGAUACGCAGAACAUCCAAAACCACUACGUCGAGGUCGCUCGGCUUAGUGAGCUGAUCGGUAACCUGCGACACAAGCUGGUUACCAUUCGGGAAGAGCACGAAUUUAACAUUAAGCAGCUGCAGAAGACGAAAGCCGAGCUACAGGAGCGGGUAAGAAACAUUAAACAGGAAAUGAAGAUUAGCUUGAAACGAGAUGAAGACAAAAUGAAGCAGUUGGCGGUUUGCAGUAAUGAUGCCUUGAAGUAUCUGCAGAAUCUCAAAAAACGUGGGACUGCGAUUCUUCAGAUUGCCAACUUUUGUAAAAAGUUUGAAACAGAAAACGAGAGCUUACUUCCGUUUGUUCAUAGUGCAGUGAAAAGGCAAAUGUUUGAAGUGGAUGAAGAUGAGCUCAAGGAGCCGGCCACAGAGUUUGAAAGCUUCAAAAAGGACACCUUUGGUAUUGCAAAGAAAUUCGAAAACUUCUGGAUGAGAUUCAACAAAGCUAGAAUUGACUGCGCUUGCCUUAAAGAGGAGAAACAACAACUGCUGGAAGAAAAUGAACGCCUGAAAAAUCAACUGAAGGAGUACUUGAUAACUGUUAACAUGAACAACGGUGGAUCGUUGGAGUCUAACGAAACUCUGCUGGCCAAGCGACCCAGUUCUAUGAAGGUUGAGAAAGUAAUCCAUAUCGAUUUAAAAAAUAACUCCAACAAAUUUACAAAGAACGGCCAACGCAGACCUGUCACAUGCAUCGAGGGAAAUUUAAGCAACGCCAUUCGGAGCAAUAAGCUGCUAGAAAUACGAACCAAAUCAACCAAACUGUACUCGGUGGUUCAAACCUCAUAAAUCUUCAACAUAUUUCAGUGGAUUUGAUAUUACCACGCACAACUCCAAACGAUUCGCACCAAAUUUGUGUUACUGGAAUAUGUUUUAAUUUGUAGGCAGUUUUAUCAUGUAAAAAGACGAAUACAAAUUGUGGCACCAGACAACAAAAGUAAAAAUAAAAUAAAGUUAAAGCACAAAAACGAUCAGACGAUAUCUUAAAAAUUAACGUAAUAGAUAAAUACCUUCUCUGUUCGGUUACUCGAGAAGCCCAUUGCUGCUUGUUUUAUAAUUACUGGCACAACAAAUCGAACGGGAAGCACAUUUCAGCGUGGAAUUGCCAUCACAACGGGACGAUCGGAAGCCACAAACGAUUGAGUCCGGCGAAUCAUAAAAUCAGGAGCUUUACGGAACGUCGGUGCCAUAGCCUAAAAGAAAAAUAAAUUUCAAUAAAUGCGAUUGCUGUUUACCAAACAAACUACGAACCUGUAGUUUGGCCUCGACUAUACCCUUGUUGUCUUCCGAAAGCUGAAUCUUUUGACGCGCUUGCUUCAGCUCUCGGUCUAAUUUUUUGCGUUCUU